AUGGAUCCCUCCUCUCACACUCUCCCCGCUGGAUCAGCACUACCCGACGACAUCCGAUUGAAAUGCUCCUACUACGCCUCAGAGAUCAAAAACCAAGUCAGCUCACUCUAUGAAGACCAGCACAAAUGGCUCGAAGACCAUCUCAGCGAAAUCACAGAGACCUUGACCAAGGUUACCGAAAAGAAAACAGGCACGCGAGCUGUUAUGGCCGGUAUAAUCAAGACCCCAUCCCGUAAACGGACCAAAAGACUCUCCAAGAAGGUAUCCAAGCCAGACCACAUCGGAUUGAAUCACCUCGACCAAUCUGGCUCAGCUCACCCACUCUCUGAGCUCAAACGAUCUCAUCUCAACAUAAACAGCAAAGAUAUCCAAGAAAUCAUCAAUCAGCAGCUUGAGAAAGAAAAACGAGAAAUCGAAUCGCGCCUACAGAAGGAACUUUCGUCGCUUGAUAACCAAUACGAGUCUCCUGUUAAAAAAACUGCUGGCAGUUCCACCCUCAUCUCGGCCGAUCAAACUAAGCCGCCCCCGCCCUUCUGGAAUUCGGUCGACUCGCUUCUUUCUUCACAAAUCUUAUCAUCUGGACCAAUCGGAACAAACGAGGACGCAAUCUUUUCAGUGCCGUCUUCGUCGAAGAAGAAAGCCGAUCAUCCAGACCCCUUUACUAUCAAGGCACUUGGUCCAUUUCCUCAGCAAGACUCGGAACUUGAAGAAAGUGAGCCGAGUCAUGAGUCGGCAACGGAUUCUAACGAUGUCUUUGCCGCAGCUGGUCAUGAAUUGUCUGCUAUCCAAGAAGGAGAAGAGGAGGACGAUCACCAUCAUCUCGCUGAGGCACCACCGAUGCCCAAAUCAUUGUUCUCUGCCAAAUCGGCCUUGGAAGUUGUGCCCCCACCGAAACAAAUCUCGCACCCGACGCAACAAGCAGAUCAAGUUUCCACAUCGUCACCCCUAAAGAAAGCUACUCCGCCACCCCAAUCCAAGACUCCGCCCACCAUCUCUCAGUCUGAAUCUACCACUCAACCACCCCAGCCCCAAUCUCCCCCUCCUCAGCACGCGUCAACGCAUACUGAACAUCUUGAGGCUUGUGUUGAUGAGUCUCAUCGACCACCUUUGCCGUCAGACUCGCCAUCGGCUCCAGACACAAACUCGGUUGACGCGGCUGGCUUCGAUUCUGACCCCAUCCCUCCUCAGGCGCUCCACUCCGCCCAGAUAUCCAACACAAACAACUCGCCUUCUCAAGCAGCAACCUCAAGCAUUGUCGACGUCCGCACAUCUGAUCCUAAACCAAUCAAAGCUCCAUCGGAUUCAACCCCUUUCAAUUCUACUGCGCCCUCGACAGUAUCUAAUGUCUCACCAGCUGUGGUCAACAGACCUCUUACUCCAGAAAACCCAGCCACUGUCCCAGUCAAUGAACCCACAUUGUUGGCUUCAAACUCUGGCCAAGCACAAGGAAGUCACAACGAGAGCUUUCAACCAUCAUCUAGCCAUAUCACGGCUGCGACUAUGGUCAAACAGGAAUCCGAUGAAAAGGCGGAGCAGUCACUGCCUCAGCAAACAGUCCCUACUCAAUCGCAUGUUGAUACCGUUGUAGAAAUUCCGUUGGCAGACAAUCCGUCAAGCCUUCGAAGCAAUUUGUAUGCCUCGGUUGGGCCUUCCCUUUCAGACAAACUGGCAGCUCACCAAACUCGUACCCCCGGCCAUCCAACCGCAUCCAAUUUGUUUACUCCCGGGAACGCGCGCUCGUCCGUCAUUCAAUCGCCGCACAGCCAGUGGUCUAGUAAGCCUAGUGGUGCCACCUGGACCCAACACAAACCCCUCAAGACUCCUGCAGCGCUUUCCAACUUGGGAAUUGCUGUUCAGAGCGAAAGGACUAAGAGCGGGGCUUCCGGUUCUCCACUCGAAGACUUGUCCAAGCCCAUCAAUCUUCUGUCGAAUCUACAAUCCGCUGCGGCCCAACAGAGUCUGGUAGCUGACAACCCGUUAGCGUCUUCACUAACACGGCCCACUUCGGCAAUCGAUGCACAGCAUCCUCGGCGGUCAGGAUUGAAGCGAACGUCUACAGAUGCUGGAUUCAAUCACACCUCCGAAUCUCAUGAUGCUAAGAUGAGUCGAUCUCAUAAUCCUGGAAUGAUGCACGUCAGAUCAUCAACCACUGGUGCCCCGGCUAAAAAAGGGAUGGAGGACCUCAAGAGUAGACUGUCUAAGAUACAGCGAGAAAGCGCGAUGCAUGAACGCGUGCACCAUCAUCCCUCGGCUCCAAGUGCAGAUGCUCCUCUCAACGUCAACCCACGUACAUCACUCGUCACUCAGCCCAACGCACUCUCCCUCUCCAAGGCUCUGCCGUCGGCGGUGUCCACCACAAAAGGCCCAGCCUUUUCUAGCAGCACCAACAUAGGUACUGGCGAGCAAAUCGACAGAGACAGGACUAGCGGAAUACGAACUAACCCCCACAAUAUCUACCGAGAUUUCAGCGCGCCAAUUGAAAUCCCGACUUCAUCCAAGAUUCAAACUUCACAUCCUCUGACGGAACCAAUCAAUCUUCAUCAGAGUCAGAUCCGCCCUGUUGAGCUAUCGGCAUCCCAAAAGAUGCGCCCUGAGGCUUCACUAAGUGGGGCCGGCAGUGUUCAGUCACUAGAACCGGAGACGAAAAUGCAGAGGAAACGUACUAGUAGUGGUAGUGUGGUCGGCCAUAUGGUGGCCACCCAUGAGGCAAAGAUCAAGCCAUUGGCCCCAGAGGCUCGCAUCAGUCCCCUGGCUACCGUCGGUCAGUAUAACGGCCUUUCCUCCCCAACUGAAAUGGCGUCGGUCUUACCCACUACUAAAGUAGAAAGUAAGCAUCUGGCGUUCUUGAGAGGAGCCGUGGGAGCCAGCACUUCGCCACCUCCGACAACGGUGCUGGACCAGUCUACUCGAAACCCGCCCUCUGGGAGUGUUGAACCCGCUUCCAAUUCCGCAGCAUCCGAGCAUGCCGAUCCUCAAGCUCGAACGGCUACAGAUGAUGGGGAAGGUGAAGACUGCCGAUCGGUUGCCAGCAGCAAACUAUCCGAGCAACACGAGAUGGACGACCCACAUGAAAAUUCCGACCAAUCUAGUGAAGACAACGGAGAUCACGAGAAGCAGUCUGAGGCAGAGGAAGAAGCGAGCAAUGAUGACGAUACUUAUGGAGAGCCCUCCGUGGAAAUUGUCCGUUCACAGGCCAAGCAGAUCUUCAAUACUUCAGAUCAUGAACAAGAUUCGCGAAACCAGGAAUCCAGCAAGCGUAAUCCUGGACAAUCGGAGAAGGCUAAAACGGCCUGGAAUGCUCCAGCAACACCCAGCUCUCCUGCAUCGACUGGUCUCAUGGGCGUCUUCAAAGCUGGCGCAGCGAUCGCUAGCUCGUGGACCACGAGUAAGGCCAAGCCUGAAAAGCCAGAACUGAAAAGCUUGCAGCUUGCAGCUGCAGCCGCCAAAAAGGAGCAAGAUGAGAGGGAUCGGAAAGCGACGUUGAAAGAAGAACGACGAUUACUGGCGGCAGAGAAAAAACAGGCCGAAGAAAAGGCCAAAGCCGAGAAUGAGAGAAAGGCCAGGAUGGCAGAAGUCGAGAAGAAGAAACAAGAGCGCGAGGAGGCGCUUAAAGCUCGAUCUACGUUUAAGGUCAAAGUCCCAUCAAGUCAUGCGCCGCCGGGAAGCCGACAGGCCUCGAUGACCGGAGACGCCACCAAGAAGCGAAAGGGGGAGAAUGAGUCCAAUCGGACUGUGGAACCCAAGAAAGCCAAGGCGCCCCAGACAGCGGAAACGCAUGGGAAGAUCCCCUCCAGUGCACAAAAAGCACCCACGACCUCAUACUUGCCUACCCGGACUGCGCCAAUUGCACCAGGCUCGGCUAUCAAAGCGACCGGCUCGAAAGCGGUGCAUGCGGGAAGCUCGACGAGCACGAAGCAGGGCACACAAGCCAAGCCCAAUCCGCCCUCGCGUCCGGUCUCGCAAAUGUCGCAGCACAGCGGGCUUCCCAAAAGCACUGGGCCGUCUCAACAGGCCAACAACCCGGGCCAAAGCUCCCACCAAAGCAAUCCGGUUAAUAGGCCCACUACCCAGCCGGCUGCUAAGGGCAAGAUGAGAGAGGAGAAGGUCGCCGUCGAGGAAGAGUACAUCGAGCUCCCGGAUAUCGACUCCGAGUACUCCGACGACGACGAGUCCGAACACGAGCGCAAGGAGGCUAAGUUGCCCGAUUGGGCUCAGAGUCCCGCCUUGAGAGAGGCCUUGGCUAACCAGAGAAAGGUCAACCCUGAUGACGUCUUUGGAGGCACGAUCCCUCCUCCCAGAAUGGAUGAAAUAUUCAGAGGAAGGACUUCCAAGUUCCGUCAUCGCACUUCGUCGGCUAAUUGGACCGGCGCCGACCAAUUGACGGCCAUCGAAGAAGCCGAAUACGCCAAACGAAUGGGUUACCACAACAAGAAGAGAAGCCUCAAAAAAUAG